UUUUCGUUUGAAACCUUUCUAGAUCCAACAAAAUGAGCUACGACCGAACAUGGAGUAGCUCCGCCUGGACUAAGGAGGAAGACAAAGCAUCUGAAAACACCCUGGCUAUCUAUUCUGGAGAUAGCAAUCUAAUGAUGAAGAUUGCAGCAGUAGUUCCUCAGAAAUCUCUUCAAGAUAUUAAUCAGCAUUAUAAUGACCUUGUUGAAGAUGUCAACGACAUUGAAUCGGGACCCAAAUAUGGACAAAUGCAAAGUUGUUCCAGCCGUAGAAGUAGAUCAUCGGGAGCAGUGGUAGAAUGGCGAAAAGGGAUUCCUCGGACUGCAGAAGAACACAGGUUGUUUGUCCAAGGGUUGGAGAAAUAUGGCAAAGGAGAUUGGCAGAAUAUAUCGAGGAACUGUGUGAGAUCUAAAACACUAACACAGGUGGCUAGCCAUGCCCGAAAGUUCUUCAGUCGAUUAAAUGGCAAUAGCAAGGCGAAGAGGAGAAGAAGCAUUCAUGAUAUCACAAGUGUGAAUGCUGCUUAUACUACUGAACCUUCACAAGGACCGAUCACUGACUAUGUAACUGAAGCUUUUGACGUAAUAUCUUUACCAGGGCAAGUUACCAACUGUGCUAUUGAAGGACCAUCUGCUGUGAACCCCAAGAAAUUCUCGCUUAGUGCUUCUGUUGGUAGUGAGUUAAAUAAUUCAUCUCCUGACUUGGAUGAGUUCCUGCUUCUUAUAGGAGACCUAAUCACUGAACCGGCAGAGGGCACCUCUGGAGUGUGCCACCAGCAACCAUCAGUUGCUGGUGGCAUCGGAAUGUACACUCAUCCGGUCGUUAAAAUUGGGUCACUAGAAGAGCUAAUGACCAAUCAGUUGGUUGGAUCCACUCAAGUAGGUAUGAGUUCCUUGCCUGGUUGGACAGAACGAGCAUUGCAGGAAGAAUUAAGACCCUGAUCCAGCAUGCUAGU